AUGCGUGAUGAUGAAACUCAUCUGGAUGAAUUUUUACGACGAGUUAAGGAAGGUAUUUCAACUCUUAUUAGUGCUGCUCCUAGAAUAUCUUCAGCCGCUUCUGGGAAUGUUCCAGCUGCACUUUAUGAUUCAUUUAAUAAUGGUACACUACCAAGAUUUAUGAAUGUAAUUAAGUUUAAAUAUCCUAUUACUUACUGGUAUCCUGUAUGGCGCGAACUUCUGCUCAUGCAUUAUUCAUUAAAAAAUUUAACUAAAGAUUUAAAUUAUGAUAUUUUACGAUUUUAUAAUGAGACUUAUCUUCUUGAAUCACUAUGGCAACAUGCUUUUAAUCAGGGAUAUGAACAACAAAAGCAUGAUGAUAUUUUAACAAUCUUAAAUGAUCAUAAAGUAUUUCGUGGAUUAUGGACUAGAAAAGAACCAACUGCACUCCCAAAUUCCUUAUGGUUCGGAGUAUUAGACCUUGCCCAAAAUUUAAGUUAUAAAACAGACCAACCUCUUAAUUUAGCACUUUGCUAUUAUUUAGGUUUAGAAUCUAUGCAAAAGUCUCAAAGCUACUAUAUCCAAUUUAAAUCUUUAGAAUUACUUACCUCACUUUCUUUUCGAGAGCCUGAAUGGUUUGAGGAUAUAGUUCAAAAAGAAAUUGAGAAUUUUAUUGAGCAAUUGCCAAUAGAUUCCCAGCAAAAAUUUACAACCUUAGUCAAUGAUGUAAAUCAAAAACUUCGGCUAGAUAGUGAAUUUAUAGAACAAUUAAAUGUAAAUGGCCCAAGGAAAUCAAUUAUCAAGAACAAUUCAUUAGAUAAAAUAUCAAAUCCUUUAUUAGAAAUAAUUGCAGAACAUUUUACCUGCCAAAUCACUGGCCAGAUAUCUGGAGAUUUUCUUAUUUUAUCGUGUUGUGGUAAUUCAAUUAGUUAUGAUGCAAUUAAUGAAUGGAGAAAAUCAUCAAUAUAUGAGGGUAAAAUACUUGAAUGUCCAUUUUGCAGAGCGGAAAUUAAACCGAACUCAAUUUACAAUCUUUCACAAAAUGCAAUGAUGAAAGGUCUUUAUAAAAGAUUAGAACAAGAAGGAUAUUUAAAUAAUUUAAUAGAAGAACAACAAAUAUCAACAAACAAAAUAUAUUCAACAGAAGAUAAUUUACUUUUAAAAAUGAGUAAAAUGCGUAUUUUUGGAAUUCAUAUCUCCUCAAAAUCAUCUAUUUCAGUUUUGAAAAAAGUUCGACCUAAAGUUUUACAUCCAGCAUUAAAUAAAGCAACUAAAGCAGAACAUCAAAAAGAUUAUACAACAGCUAUA